AUGUCCAAAAUUCAUUCGUCCACGCAACAGAUGUUCCCAGGUCAGGGUUGGUCUGUCUACACCACGGGCGCUGGCACCUAUUCUUCGUACACGCCAUCCCAAAACCACCCCGGGUCCGCUUCGAGCGACCCUCGCCAGAUGGCGCAAAACGCGCACUAUGCCGCAUCUUCGUCCACUAUGAACCCCCUCCGUGAUGGGCACCGGGUGCCCCGCGGUUACAGUAUGGUCGCAGUCGACCCGAAUCGCUCUUAUGCGUACAGGGACUCCGUAUUUUCGCAAACCGACAGCUUCACCGCGUCCUCCUUCCUCAGUACCGACAGUUUUCAGAGCGACGAAGAAAGCUCCCCGGAUACACCCUCCGGCGGGACACCCCCUACUCCGAUCAGCCACCCCGUUCCGUUGCCCCCAGCCUCGGAAGCCGAGAGCGACACCACCCUCCGAGGCGACGAAGGCUCCAUGCAGCCUCACUCGUCCAACCGUUACGGCAUGAUCAUUCCCGACCAAACCCGAGUGUUCAUCGCCAGAUCAGCUGGGGACGAUGGCUCUUCUUACGCUCGAGGACCGCUUCUCGAGCGCCAGCUCUCGAAUGCAGGUCCAUCCCGACCAUCCCCACCUCGUUUCAACUUCCCGCCUAUGGCCCCCUCGUCCAUCAUGCAUCGCACCCUCUCAAAAUCGAGGGACACCUCGCCGCCCCGCGCGCGGCCCACUAUGGUCCCCGUCCGUAGAGGAUCGGCGGACGAAAAUGAUAUACACCCCCGUCCUUCUCUGCCAUCGCGCUCUAAUUCAGCGCCCCCUAAUGUCCUUCGCAAGCUGCCUCCGGGUCGGCGCGAGGGAGCUGGAAACCAGUUUGUCGUAGUGCCUCCUAUGCCACCGAUGACUGAGCCUCCGCGCCGCCCCUUGCCCACCGUCCCUCAACAGUCCUCCAUGCCGGCCUCCAUGCCCGGCAGGGAACGCCGACCAUCUCUUUCGGGCCCAUCCCCGAACACCUUGCCUAUGCCUAAUGCACCAGGCGCUCCGGUCUCUGUCCCCGGAAGAGAACGACGUCCAUCCGUUUCGGGUCCCGCCCCUAAUCCCAUGCCUAUGCCUAACGCACAAGGCGUCCCCGUAUCUAUUCCUGGCCGCGAGAGGCGGCCCUCGUUUUCUAUGCCCACCCCGCCAAUUGCCGUUCCUCCUCCCCAGGGAUCCGUCGUGAACGUCCCACCGAGGGAACGCAGACCCUCAUUCUCGAACGGCCGGCCGGAGGCUCAGCGCCACCUCUCCGAUACGGCUGUCGAGAUCACGCAGCAGCAACGUGUCCUGGACGCCGCCGCCGCCCAGCGCCCUGAGACUCGGAGGAGUCAGUCCGACCCCUUACCCGUUGGUGCUGCGUACCACGGCCAAGCGCACAGUGCCGCAGCCGGGCGCUCUGUGCGCUGGAAGGAGGAGCUGAUAUGUCCCUCGCCGCUUCUGCACCAGCGCAGGAAGGGCUGGUGGAACAAGCGCGGUGACCAGCUGUGGACGAAUGACGGAGGCUACCGCGGCCCGCUCCCCGGCGAGGAGUACCCACUCGACUUAGCCGAGUACCCCGAUGUUGGCGAAGGGUGGAUGAACGAGGACGGCAUGCGAAUCGACAUGUCGCAUCGCCUUAUCCCGAAGCUGCCUGCUCGUUCCGCAUUGAAGCGCAGGGCGUGAGCCAUAUUCCAUCACGAUAUUCAAUGUUCUGUUCUCUAUUGAGUAAGAUCGCAUUCAUUAUUUAUUCUGCAUUCACCUAUUUAUUUCAACCACCACGCACGGACUGGCCUCACCUGAUGUAUCAUACAUUGUAUCGUCACAACUGUACUUACAUAUUCAAAUC